AGUUGCAAUCAUCGCAUUGAAUGGGUUGUCACGGGCGCGAGACACUACCAAUCGAUAGGAAAAGUCUUAGGCGUGCGUUUAUCAGCUUCAGCUACCCGAUGGCUGAUGAUGCCAUAAUCGGAAGUAGAAGGUGUAGGUGGAAAAAAAGCGAAGCCCUUUAACGAAGUGAUAAUCAUAGUUGCAAUAAUAAAAAUACAAUAACGGUCGCCAAUUUUCUGAAAAACUCAGAAACAAAAUAUAACACAAACGAAACCUUAUGUACACUGCAAUUACGACAUCGGUUCUCAUUAACUAAUACGGUUGUCAGAAAUUCAUUAAGUGGCGAAUAGAACAAACAACUAGUAUAUAACAAUCUAACGGCAUAAUUAAAUAAAAGAUAGGACACAAAGGGAAAUAAUGUUGCAUUUACAUAUUCAUUCACCUAGUGUUUGUUGUUGCUCUCACCUGUUAGUUUCGUGACUAGAGAGCAGUGCCCAAGGAUAUCGAGCAGAGCAAUGAACAAGAAACAUGAAAAAUUACAAUUUUAAUCAAUAGUUUUUGCCAGUAAAUUAUUUUAUUUUAUAAAAGUAGAAACGUAGCACUAAACAAGGUUUCGACUUGACUUGGCUGGUCUUCUCAUUUGGUGGGGAACACUGUUUGGUUAUAAUUGAUUACCGGAUCUGUUUUUCAGUGAAACACAUACAAUGACAAUUCCAAUAAGUUAAAACAAGAAUAAAUAAUUUAAGGCAUAAAUGCGAGACAGCCACCAACUGUCAAAAACACAACAGUAUCAUUCAUCACAUUUAUACAGCGCUUUAAAGCAGGGCAAAAACAAAUUGUUAUAUUUAACAGCGAGUAGUAUUUAAUUUCCAAAGCACUGAUGAGAUUUGGUUAUAACUCGCCGCAUUGUUCUAAUGUGUUUAAGUUUUACGAAUGUACUUCAAUUUUAAUAUCUAUUCUAACUGUUAACUAUUCCUCAAUUUAUUAUCCACUAAAAACUAUAGCUAAUCACUGGCUCGCUCGUGCGGAACUCGCUAAUUUAGUUUGCCGUAUUCGUGCUGCUUUCAAAUAAGUGAAGCCAUUAAAAUCCAAAAAACGUCUUUGUUAUUGUUUCGAGUUCAUAUCUACUUAUGAAUAUAUGUAUGUAUGUACGAGUGUUCAAGCAUAAGUCAUUCGGCACAGUGCAUUGCUGACAUGUUGCUACAAUAUUAUGUAGGUAAAUAUGUACUUGUGCAAGCGUGUGUGCAAAUAAGCGGCAAUUUGCGAAUCUGACAUUAAAUCGUCGCGGAGAUCAUCAUUUUUUUCUCACUUUAUUUAAUUCUAUAUGUUUUCGUAGUCGUUCCGUGCCUAGUGCGCCUCGUCUGUAUAUCAGAAAGAUGUGCGCCUCCUUAGAAAUAUGUACAUAUUAUUUUGCCGUGGGUAAAAAUUUGAAGAGUUUAUUUUUGAAUGACGACAGUGUCAGUGGUAGCGACUGCGCGAGUUUUCGAGUUUUUUAACGUGUGCCGGGUGAAAAUAUUGGCUAUUUGCCGCCAAGAAUAUUGGAAGCAUUUCGCCGUUUAUUCUCAACGCGGCCGAGUGUAGAUAUUUGAGGCGCGCUUCUCCGCCAUUGUUACAUACAUAUUAUUCUUAUACUUAUGUACAUUGAUGCGAAUUUUUAAGCAACAAAUGAAUAUUUAUUUUUAAUAAUGUUCUGACAUUGGAUUUGUCAUUGGCGACGGAAAGUUUCGUGUAAGCAAAUUUGAUUAUGCUAAUCGAAAAUUGUGUGUUAAAUUAAACGCAAAAAGCUAACUUAAUGCAACCGAAUUGAAAGCGCGCUAUAGUGCUUGUGAAAAUAAAUUGAGUCUUCCAGCGAAUUGCAUAAGUUAAUUAGUGCACCUGUAGGAAGCAGCUGCAGAAAGUGAAAAAAAAUCUGAUUUGAUUACAAGUGAACAGAGUGGUGUGACAACAACGUAAAUGCAUAUAACGGUACAAUAAUAAUAACAAUUCACCAUACAGUAGAUUUUACUUGUUGUUUCCCACACGCCAAAGUCCAGCAGCACAACCAUACAUACAUAUACAUACAGUAAAUUGGCGUGGCUUUUACUAGUUCCAACUAAACUAAAAAGGGCGUGGGAUACCCCUGCACAAUCGGCACCGUCUACUGCAUACGCACAUAGUACCAUAUACUUGUACUUGUAUAUACGCGUAUUGGAAUAAAAGCACCUCAGCGGCUCGCGGUACGCAGUAAAUAUGUCAGAGGAACAAGUUAAGCUUGACGCUCAUAAACAGGUGACCAGUCCAGAUGAUUUCGAAGAUCUCAGUCCAAUGCCACAAACGGCCGCCCCGCCUGUGCGACGACGUGGCGGUAUCUCAGCCGAGCCGGUCACUGAAGAAGACGCCACAAGUUAUGUGAAGAAAGUUGUCCCUAAGGAUUACAAAACAAUGGCCGCGCUCUCGAAGGCGAUUGCCAAAAACGUCCUAUUUUCGCAUUUGGAUGAAAAUGAGCGUUCGGACAUCUUCGACGCUAUGUUUCCAGUUACGCAUUUAAUGGGUGAGAACAUUAUUCAGCAAGGAGACGAAGGUGACAAUUUCUAUGUCAUUGAUCACGGGGAGGUUGAGGUCUUUGUGAAUUCCGAAUUGGUUACAACAAUUGGCGAGGGUGGAAGUUUCGGUGAGUUGGCGCUCAUAUAUGGCACCCCACGUGCAGCUACUGUACGAGCCAAAACCGAUGUAAAACUGUGGGGCAUCGAUCGCGAUUCCUAUCGCCGAAUUCUGAUGGGUUCCACCAUACGCAAAAGGAAAAUGUACGAAGAAUUCUUAUCACGUGUGUCAAUUUUGGAGAGUCUUGAUAAAUGGGAACGUCUUACUGUGGCCGACGCUUUGGAACCUGUGUCAUUCGAAGAUGGCGAAACAAUUGUCAAACAAGGUGAACCAGGCGAUGAUUUUUAUAUAAUUUUAGAUGGAACCGCGGUUGUACUCCAACGAAGAGCCGAGCAAGGAGAUGAACCUGCUGAGGUUGGUCGUUUGGGUCCAAGUGACUACUUUGGUGAGAUCGCUUUGCUGUUGGAUCGCCCCAGAGCGGCCACUGUGGUAGCCAGAGGACCGUUAAAAUGUGUUAAAUUGGAUAGAGCGAGAUUUGAGCGUGUACUGGGACUCUGUGCCGACAUUUUGAAGCGUAACAUCACGCAGUACAACAGUUUCGUUUCGUUAUCUGUUUAAGACAGCAAUUCAACAUUAAAGAGACUCCACAUUUACUUAGAUCGAAAUUUUUUGAGGUAGUAACUUUCAGUUGAGAAUAAUCAUUGAAUUGUGUCAUCUUAAUUAGCCAGCAAUUAAAUCAACGGAAAAUAUCUACCUACUAUCAAAUCUUAACCUUAAAAAUCAAAGACAACAAGUUAUCAAAAAAUUUGCAACAAAAAUGGAAAUAAAAAAAGAAUUUUAAACUCAAUACAAAACUGUGAGCAAUUGCACCGUAGAAACGUGGGCUGUUAAAAAAUAGAUGUUCGCAACAUAUGCAAUUUAGAAAAAGUAAAGAAAACAAAAAAAAAAACACAUCUUUAGGCUUUCGCAUACCUCUAAUUGGUCAUUUCAUUAUUCUUGGAAAAACAUCAACAAUUGCACAUUGCGUACUAAGUAUCAAGCCUUUACAAGUUUAUAAUUGCCUAUGCACAAAACCGUCACCGUCAGUGAGUGGGUUAGUGCCCCAUUUGCAUGGUUUUAUUACACUGUUUCGAAAGUAAAUGUCUUAAUAUGGUAAAGCGCGACAAAAUAUCGCAGCAAUUUGACGCUCUAUUCAAGCCACAAUAUUCAUAAUUAAUUUUGUUGUUUUUCGAUUUUCAAUACUUUCCAAGCUUUUAGAAUGUACACUAAAAUAGUUUUAUAAAAUUUUGCUUUCGGUCAAAAUUCAAAUACUUGUAAAUAUGUAAGACUUUAUUUGCGAAAAUAUAAAUAUCUACUGUUACAAACCUUCAAA